AUAUUUGAUUUAUUUUGUGGAUAUAUAUUGAGCGUUCCGUUAAGUUUUGUUGUACGCAUUGUUUUACCCAUAAGGCUAAUUGCGCAUCUAUACAACUUUGGUUUCUAUCAACAUAAUCAUUGGACAGAGGUAAAACAUUGUAAAAUAUAACCUUGCAGAUCCACUGUGGGCUUUGUGUAUUGGGUCACAUUUGAUCAACCUGUGCCUUCCUUAUGGUCCUUUUUUUACGCGCCUCCAAAUAGGUUGCAUUUGGCCAUGUGGGGAUUUCUUUAUUAGACACCUAUUAAUAUAAAAACAUACGCCAUGCACAUUUAUUCUCUCUCUCUCUCUUCCUCCCUCCCUCCAAGUUUACAAUGCAUAGUUACAGGUUUAUAAAUAUAUCCGUACUCUUACAUUGGUGUUGGUGUUCGGUACUUUCGAGAGGCUAAUCGCACUUAAUCUAUAACAUUCGUUGAUAGCAAACCGUCACCCUUGUAAAUGUACUGGAUGUACUGUAAUAAAUCACUGCAGCGAUAGGCCUACGGAAACCCCCGUGAAAGCCAUGCCAAUAUUGUGUGGCAUAUGGUCAAUUUUCUAGAGGUGAGUUGGUAAUGCAGCCAAGUUGGCACUGACCUUAUCUUUUAGCGUUGACACAGAGGGCACAAAUGCCCAUUGUGCGCAAUGUGUGAACAUUUAAAAAAUGAGGAAUGCAUGUACAUUAAAAUGGGUAAUGGCUGCCGAAUAUGUGCAUGCCCCUGAAGUUGAAAUGUAUCCCAAAUUCCACUCUAGAAAAUUAUGAAGGACAUAGGGAAGGGUAGUCUGGUUGCCGUCUCUGAUCAGCUAUAACAUUCCACUCCUUGCCAGUCCUAUCAUUUUCCAAAUGACAGGAGUGGCAAGGAGUAGAAUGUUAGCUAAAAAGAUUGGUACCCAGACUAAGAGAAGGGUUGGAGCAGAGGGGAUGGUGACCAAGAGCCAAAGAGUGAGGUUGUCACAAGCAGAGUUGGGGUAGUGAACUACAUGUAGUAAUUUAACUACAUUUUGCAAUAGCUUGGUGGAAUUUUAACUAAAUUCAAAUCUUGGUAGUGUUUUCAGUAGUUAAUUGCUUUUUUUGCCAGGUAGUGGUGUAGCUAACUACUGGAACUACACACUACACAUCAGACUUACCUAAUUUUCACUUGAAAAAUAAAUGACACAUUCGGUUAACAACUGACUCCAGAGGGAUCUAAUCUUACAUUUUGUAGUCUAUGACAUUUCAUAUUUAGAUAUGAUAAUUUAUCACGAAUGAAUGAGAGGGCUUGCCCAAAAUAUCUGGCCUACAGGAUGUGAAAGAUUGGAAUGUGCCAAUUGCUUUGAAUCUUUCCAUGAAAUCUGCUAAAUGCAUAUUGAGACCCUUUGUUUAUUGGUUGAUGUCCACAUGGCCAAUGUCCUCUAGUUCUUCCAUGUCUUAUCGUCCACAAUAAUCAUCUCUCUCGCUCUCUCUCCCCCUUUGCAGUUUUCCUCCAACAUUUCCACACGUUGGUGACCCCAUCAAGACAGAAAGACGCUAGGAAGUUGAAACAGAAAAAGAGAGGAAGUUAGGCAGUUGAAACAGAAGAAGUUUCUGACAGGAAGUAAGAAGCUGCUGCAGGAAGUGGCCCAAAAUGGAGGCCAUCGAACUACAGCACAGUCUGAAGCGAUCUGGAAGGGGCUGGGGAACAGAGAGGGGGGAGCUUCUGGACAGCUUCGACUCGGAGAUGCAGGAAUGGGAGGACCAGCUGCAGGACAUGCAGAGGAAGAUAGAGGAGCUUUACAAUGAGGUGCAGGCUCGUAGAGGUGGAAAUUAUGUCACCAUGGACAACAGCAAAAAUGAUAGGAUGAUUGAUUUCGGCCGUGGGCAUCAUGACAACGGCUUCUGUGACCCGUAUGGCAGCCACAUCAACGCCACCAAGGACCACCCCAGUGCUGUAGACGGUUUUAAUCACGGCCCCAACGGUUACGGCUACCCCGUCAACCAUCAGAAUGGCGGCUAUGGUUAUCCCCAUAGCAACAGUGCGGGGGAACUUGGAGACUUGUUGCAGGAUUAUUUUGGACAUGGUCACGGAAAGACCCGGAAGACCAACUCCGCUAUCAACAAUGUAACCCUUGUCCCACUUCUCUCUCAGCAUCUGAAGGAGAUCACUAGAGGGAGCCAGGAUCAGUCUGUACACCAGGAUGAGAUGAAGAGGAGGCCUGUUGGGAAUGAAAGGAUUAGUAAGGUGUGGUUUGCGGACGAGGAGUCUGAGAACAGGAAGAACAGGGUGUCACACAGAAAGAGUUCCCCUUGCAGGGACCUUAACAAGGAGAACACAGGGGCCAAUCCCCCCCUCAGACAGAGAGAAGGUCCUCCCAUACCCCCCCGAUCCACCUCCCAGAUGGCCCCUCCCGACACCUUCUCCCCAGCCCUGGACAGGAAGUCCAAUGCCCCUGGGGUCCUUGUGGACAGGAAGUGUGGUAGCCCCUCGGUCCUCAGGAAGUUUGGAGCCAUGCUCCAGGAAAACGAGGGCAAAACCCUCACUGAUACCGGAGUGGUGACCAACCAGGUGCCUACCGAGAACAAGUGCCCCACCGCCAUCUGUCAGCACAAAGGGCUGGGCGGCAGCAGGACGACUGGGCGCGUGCCUGUCCAGAAGUGCCAAGCCGAUUCCGUCGUGCUGACAGCGAGGAUGGACUGCAGCCAAGAACGAGGGGCAGUGAGAGACUUUAGGAGAGAGAGCCAGCUGGGUGAGGGUAGAGGGACCUCAAUGGGUAGCUAUGCUCACCCUAAAGGACUCCAUGCAGGGGGUCAGAGGAGGAUCCAGGUAGGAGGCAGCCCCAAGCCCAAAGCAAGGGCUCUCGGCAGGGCAGACAGAGACAUGGGUCUGGUCCAGGGGGAGAGGGCCAGGAGGCCUGCACCCCAGCCUGGGGAACCCAGAGUGGACUACAGGAACCUGAGUGGAUCCUAUGUUGGUGCUCAGAUGAUCCAGAGGGGAGGGCCAGUUGCAGGUCAGAAGAAGGACAAUGGACUCAUUGAGCUACUGGAUAUGCUGGACAUUGAGCACGAGUACAGCUCCUGCCCCCAAGCCGCACAGACGGCCUACAGACAGGACACACAGCAGAUGAGCCCAGCCGAAUCAUUCCCAGCAACCCCCACGAGGAACUUCUCUCGUCCUGCUCGUCCAGCUAAUCAACGUCCUCCAUCCAGGUGGGCUUGCUGUGCCCCCACCGCCUUGAUCUCUGCCCCCUCCGGCCCAAUUUCCCACCCCCCAAACACCUUGGCACGCACUCCUAGCCCGAUAGCAAGAACCCCAAGCCCCACCCUGAAGCAGCAAUCUUUCUGCUCCUAUUUGCUCCACACUGAGACUGCCAUCAUGUGAGAGACACCUGCCCUGCCCCCCUCUAAACCCUGCCUCCCCUCCCCCAAUUCAACACACAGGACUCAGAUGACAUAGUCCUGCCCUCUCUGUAAAUACUAAAGACUGUUCCUUCUAUCUGGCUUUAAAAAAGUGCUUUAAGAGAUUUUCUAUGAGAUUACCCACAUGACUGUAUAUGUGUGGUCUAUAAGAAACAGAAUGGUUGACUCCUGUUCAGUCUCCGGUGUUACUGUGGCCUUCCCUUCUCCUGUGCCUAACUUCCUUACGUCUUCAUUUCUUUUACUCUCUUAACUUCCUUUCUUUCUUUCUUUCUUUCUUUCUUUCUUUCUUUCUUUCUUUCUUUUGUAUUGGUGAUUUUUGGAUGGCUGUGUAAAAUGUGAUAUAGCAUGCCCCCCUUUACUUGCGGGUGCAUGUCCCUUUAUGUAUGUAACUCAACCCUAAUAAGUGCCAUGUUGGCUUGUUUUUAAAAUGGCCAACAAGUCAAGUCAGAGUUGAUCUUGUCCUGUCAGCACAGCAGCAACAUGCUAACAGUCUAUAGUAUGUUUUACUGUAUCAUAUUAUCAAAGUAACGCAUUUGAAAAUGUUCAAGUAACCAUAGUGAGACAUACAGUUAUGACUAUGUGAUGCUUUUCAUGUCCUUUUUUCUCUCUUGAUAAGAAAUAAACACGACAGUGCUUUGAC